AUGGACCCCUUCGAGAAGAGCACGACGGUCGACGUUGAAGUGCGCGCCUAUGUCACUUCCCUCGUCAAUGCUGUCGGUGGUCGGUCCAACUACGACGACAGCUACAGCGUCGGAGACGAUGCCGUUGCCGUGCUCAAGGACUUGCAGCGAUGGCUCCGACUCUACGACGAGAAGACCGACCGACACGAUGUGAAGCGUGUGCUCGCAGAAGCCAACCUGGUCCAGGGAGACUUGCUGGAGAUUUUGUCGCUGUGGGCCGACGAUGAUGCGCAGGAGAGCAAGCACAAGGCCAAGUUGGCGCUGGCCUGUCUGGAACUGCUGGUGCCCUUGACCUGGCCUCUGGAGCUGGACAGCGAGAAAGCGACUGUCAACCACCAUCGACAUGUGCCGUACCUGCAAUUGGCGCAGGUGUCAUACAAACGAGCCGUGCUGCACUUUGAGCGCGCCAAGAUUCUGAGGACCGUCGUGAAGACCGCUCUCCCAGCAAUGGCCACCGGGAGGCGUGAGAGGAGCAAGAGAGACGAGGGCAUCAUCAAGAUCAUGAUGUACUUCUUUCGUAACAUUGUGAUGAUCUCACAACCGCAACAUCUGCCUUCGCAAGGCGACGAGAACGACAUCAGCCGCUCUGCCACCAUCGACACUUUUCACGACCAGGGCAUCUUCCAGGUACUGCUCACAAUAGGCUCGGGCAUGGGAGAGGACUUUCAAGAGCAGGAUGUCAUCAUGUUGGAGGUGCUGUUCCAUCUGCUGAAAGGUGUGGACGGGAGGAAGCUAUUCAUGGAGAAGGAGCAGGUCAACACCGAGGAAUCUACGGAGCUGAAGAACUUGCUGCAAAAGGAAAAGGCGAUGCUGGAUAGCUAUAAAAGGAACGCUCCAACCAGGCACAAUAGGUUUGGCACCAUGAUCUGGGUGAAGAGAGAUAAUGAGAAGUUGUCGACUGUAACGGGACAGAAGAGCAUGAAGAAUGAGGCCGAUACCCUGAGACAGAUGGACGCAAGCAAGAAGUGGAACAAACCAUUAUACCGGGGAAAACUGGCCCAAGAGUUUGACGAGAACUCGGAGUUUGGCAUGCGCGUGGACUUGUCGGACAAUGCCCGCAGACAUCUGCGCGCCUUCGUCGAAGACUUUUUAGAUUCCUCAUUCAACCCUCUCUUCUCAAUGCUGCGAAAGGCGAUUGGGCGAGAAGCGGAGCGAGUGCUCAAAAUUCAUCACAGGCAGUACUUUUAUUUGAUAUCCUGGUUCCUCAACGCGGAAGCAGCACGUCGAGAUCAGUCGCGAAGAGAGGGAGCAUGGCAUGCAGAUCGACCUACGCAGGUCAAUCCACAAGAUAAUACUUUCGCAUACAUCGCCGCCGUACUCGACCAAGAAACGUUUGUGCUUGUGAAUAGGAGAAUGCAGACGGCAUUUGACGACAAAGAAUGGCAGGAUCUGCAAGCCACACUGCUCUGCUUCACCCAGAUCUUGCUCACUGUACAAAGCAUGGCGGAGAGCAAAGACGAGGAAGAUCAAGAGAUCGCCGAGAACAUCCAAAACCGCAUCUUUUACGAGGAGUCAACACAGGACAGGAUCGUGCAAGUACUCCGGGGUUACUCUCAUCAAGGCUUCGCCUAUCUUGACGCUGUCACGGAAUGUGUGCAUGUGUUUAUACGAAUGCUGGAGCGGUACAGCAAGCAGAAUGUGGACAUGCAGAUCCGAUCCAAGCGGCGGGCGAGAAAGAAGAAGAAGCAAGAACAGCCUGACGGUGAUGGUGGCGAAGACGCUGAAAACGCCGCAGAGGAUGCUCGAGAGGUCGCACGAGCUGUGACGGAAAGAAAAUUCGACUUUGCAAAGUUCUCAGCCAAGUUUCUGUCGCAGCCAUGCGUCAACACAUUCAUCUCGCUGAUCCACUAUUAUCGUGAUCUCACUCCUGUUCAGCUGAAACGGGCACAUCGCUACCUCUAUCGGCUGGCGUUCAAGCACGAGCAGACCGUCCUGCUCUUCCGUGUUGACAUUCUGGCGCUUCUUCACAAGCUGAUCAAAGGUCCGGAAGGUCUCGAUCCAGCAAUGGAUGGAUACAAGGACUGGGAGCAGCUCGUGCAGCAAGUCUUCCGUCGAUGCAUCAAGUGGAUGGAGAGAGACACCACAGGCGACGGCUGGCGGGAAGCUUGUGUCGUGGAGAUGUUGUUCAGCAAGAUACCCAACACGAUGUUCUAUCUGCAAAAUGGCUAUGACAAGGUUGUGGAGAAGCGGGCACCACGUCCGCCUGCCGAGCUUGAAAUCAAGCCAUCUGUCGCGCAGGAACAGCGCAUUGCUGUGGCGGUGUCUCUCCUGAUAGAGCAGGCGAAAGCUGGUGAGCUGGACUGGGUCAAAAAGCAACUGCAAACCUCUGCGGAAGAACGACAGUCUUGGGAAGACGACCAAGCAGCUCGCAUGGGCCUGGUCAGCUUAGAAGAUCGAGCAGAAGCAGCAGCAGAUGCCCCUGAACCCCUUCCUGCGCCCACCAUCUUUCUGUCUCCUGAGAAUGAGGAGCGCAAGACUGCGCUAUUCAAGGACAAACAUCUUCGACUCCUGCUGAGCACCAUCGGCUUCCAGCGACUUGGGCUUGCCGAUGAUGCCGAGGCGGACUGGAUCAUUCCCUCUGAGCUUUCUGCCUCUCAUCUGACCGACGCCCUGAACCAGAUCAAGAAAGCUGAAUUUGAACCCCCAAAUUUCGACAACGACAAAACCGCAGCAGAUCUCGUUCGCUCCAAAGCUGCUGCACGGCGAGGGGCUACUUUUGAUGACAACGACUCUGACACCAACGCCAGUGGUAGUGGAGGUGACAUUGACGAGGGAAUGUUCCCGCCUAAUCUCAGAGAAAAACGUAAACGCAAAGAUGGGGAAGCUAAUUCCAGGAAGAGAAGGAAGAGAGAAAGCACAGGAGUCGAGAGGAGCGAGGAGGAAAUCGAAGAGAGGAGAAGAGCAAGAGACGAGAAGGAGAAGGAGAAGAAUGCGAAGAUCAAGUCGAAGCUUUUCAUCACCGAGUCGGAUGAUGAGAGUGAUGCUGAAGCUGAUGCAGAGUUCUUCAGAUUGGAAGAGGAGAGACGGAAUAAGACGGCGGGUGUCAUUCGUAACGCGUUGUUGAAGCAGAUCGAUGGAGGUGAUAGUGAUGGGGAUGAUAGUGAUGGGAAUGGGGCAAAGAAGAAGAAGACGAAGACGAAGGGGAAACCAGCAUCGUCAACCAAGACCGCUGCGAAGAAGAAGAAAACGGCGACACCAGCCAAGAAGACGACAAGAAAGAGGAAGAAGAAUAACGCAGGCAGCGAUGGGAACGAAGACCAAAUCAUGCUCGACGCCGGAGAUGAAGAAAGCAGCGCAGAUGACGAAGAAGAUGGAAUCUCCGCGCCAAAGCAAUACUCAAGGAAGUCUUCCCCUAUUGAAGUCGACUCUAGCGCAAAUGACGACGACGACGAACCUCCACCUACACGCCGUACAGCGCGAAAGUCCUCGCCAAUCGAGUUGUCAGAUCACGACGAUUCCUCGCCUCUGCCCUCGGACAUGGAAGAAGACGCUGAUACCAAUGCUGGCGCGCCCCUGAAGGAGGUCUCUGUCAACCAGUCGAAAACGAGGAUCGUAGAAAGUGAUGAUGAGGAGGAGGAUGCCGUACCUGCGAUGAAGCCUGUAGCGUUUGUGAAUCGUAGGAAGAUGCGAGCUGGAUUCAUUAUUGAUGAUAGUGAUGACGAC